CUCUCUCUCUCUCUCUCUCUCUCUCUCUGAGGCAGUCAGUACCUGUGCUAAAAGCCAAAGAGCAGAAAUUUUGGUGUCGAGCCCGACGAGCCGUGUCAAAGAUCUGAGGCCUCUCUGCUCGACGCGAUUCGAUUGCGCUUCGACUUCUGCAGUCUGUGUUUGGAUUAUCUUCUGGAUUUUCUUUUUCAGUAGGUAAGGAUUCAUAAAAAAGGAGUCCAAAUCAAGCUGCAGUUCCUGGGAAGAGAAUCACAUCACCAAGAGGUACAUUGAAAUGGCUAGCUCAUUAAGGUUGUAUCUAGCAUGUAUAAGAAAUACACUCGAGGCAGCCAUGUGCUUACAGAAUUUUCCUUGUCAAGAAGUUGAAAGACACAAUAAACCAGAGGUUGAACUAAAGACCAGCCCGGAACUUUUACUAAAUCCUGUUGUGAUAUGUCGGAAUGAGGCUGAGAAAUGCUUGAUAGAAACCUCCAUAAAUUCACUCCGAAUAAGCCUCAAGGUAAAGCAAGCGGAUGAACUUGAAAACAUACUAACAAAGAAGUUCCUUAGGUUUUUGUCCAUGAGGGCAGAAGCCUUUCAAGUAUUGAGGAGGAAACCAGUGCAGGGCUACGACAUUAGCUUUCUUAUAACAAACUACCACUGCGAAGAGAUGCAGAAACAGAAGCUUAUCGAUUUCAUCGUUCAAUUUAUGGAGGAUAUAGACAAGGAAAUAAGCGAGUUGAAGAUGUCUGUGAAUACAAGAGGAAGACUUGUGGCUACUGAGUUCCUGAAGCAGUUUAUCUAAGGCGAUCUCACUGGCUAUGUAAUAAUCUGAUACAGUGUCACUCUUUGUAUCUUAAUAUAUAACAUUUCUAAUUUAUAAAGUCUUUUUAUUCCAA